UGUUACGGCGAGUCCCGAUGCUCUGAUGUGUGUGUGUGUGUGUGUGUGAGAGAGAGAGAGAGAGAGCGCAUAACUUAGCUGAUCUUUUCUGUCGUGGGUAGCCGCUUACGCUCAAUGGACGUCAAGAGCGGAGAGGGAAGGAUGGCUUCCUCAGGGAGUGACAACGGGCUUCCUAUCGUCCUUGUGACCAAUGAUGACGGGUCCACAGCUCCCGGGUUGCUGGCUCUUGCUGACGUCCUCAUUUUAGGCGGGAAAUGCCAGGUCUUUGUCUGUGCGCCUGAUCAAGAGAGAUCUGGGGUAUCACACUCAAUCACUUCAGGGGAGAACCUUCUGGAAGCGGGUCCUGUUGGGGUGGCCAAAGGAAUCUUAGGAUACGAAGUCUCAGGAAGUCCGGCCGACUGUGUGUCCCUGGCUCUCACCAGUGAUAUGUUUCCAUGGAAGGUUGCCCCAGCACUGGUGCUCAGUGGGAUCAACAAAGGUUGUAGUAUUGGCUAUCAUAUGUUUUAUUCUGGAACGGUAGCUGGUGCGAGGGAGGCAGUUAUACAUGGUGUUCCUGCGAUGGCAAUUUCACUACAUUGGUAAGAAACCUAUCAUCUUUCAUUUCUGAAACAAACACAGGAAUCUAUA